UACAAGUGUUAGACGGUAAGAAGUGCAUUUGGCAGAAAAAUGAAGCACUUUGUUUUGAUUUUAGUGUGUUGUCUUGUUGCCGUUGGCGCAUAUGUUGAGACCAUCCUGGUGUCUAACAACCACAAUCCAGUGGGUUUGACAUAUUGCUAUUCAGAAAUGACGGGCGCGAUGGAAAAAGGAGAGGAAAUAUCGUUGGAAGGCGAGUGCCGGAAGGCUACCUGUGAAAAAAAUGGGAGAAUCAUAAUAAGAAAAUGUACCAACAUCCCUAUCUCUCCUUGUGGGAUACUGGCAGCUGACUUCACACGCUCGUUUCCUCUUUGCUGUCCUCAGCCAAGGCCGUGCUCGGCUAACGAUUAAAAUUUAGUAAAAUCGAUAACGCUGAUAUUUCUGGAAAUAAUAGAUGAUUCUAGUAAAAGACUUUGUUAUUUUAC